GGCAACUCACGACUAGCAACCAAACAUCUUUUUGUUUACCAAACUUUUAAUUUUGUAUUUGCUAAAGAAGAGUUAACACUUUGCACCAUGUUUGCGAGCAAGCGAGUAAGGGCCCGUGCGAAGAACUUCACCAUCGAGGAGGAGGAGAUCCUGGAGAACCUGAUCCUGGCGCACCGCGACGUCAUCCGCAGCAAGCAGAAGGAUCCGGUCAUUUGGAGGAAGAAAUCGGAGGCAUGGAAGCAAAUUGAGGCGGAUUUCGCACUUCAAACCGGAAUGGAGCGUCCUUGGCAGGCGCUGCGGGAGAAGUACACCAACAACCUGCGGAUGAUGCGGAAAAACGGCACACUGAGUGAUGAGGAAACGCAGACUGACGAUGCACAGGAAUCUAGGCAGAACUUGUCCAUUUCGGGAGUUUCCUCGCUGGCUGGAGCUGCUAACAAUGAAGAGAGUAGCACCGACUUUGAUCCUUUGAUCAGCCCGAGAAGCGCCUCUAGCGAAGUUAAAUUCGUGCCAAAUAACUCACGCUACGCAGCAGAUAGCCCCAACUUUGCAGUUCUGAAAGACGAGUCAGUCGAUGAUGAGCACUCGGAAGAGGACACCGCGAAUACACUGAAGGAUGAGAGGCUCGUGCUGAUCAAGCUGCAGCAGGAGUACUACCGAUGUGAAAACGCCCGGGCAGGCGAGAAGCACAAGAUUGAGAUGGAAAAGCAGAAAUAUGAACUGGAGCAGCGCAAGGUGGAGCUGCGAAAUAUGCGCCUUAAAGGCGAACUUCUCGAAGCGGAAAUUGUGGAAAAGCGACGAAAAGUCGGGCCAAGCAAGGCUUCUUCCUAAGGAGUUUCUAUAUAGGAUAGUUAAAUUAAUUUUGGUCUUUCUAAUUUCAAUGGUCUUCAGAAAAUACUAUAAGUAAAGUCCUAGCUUACGAUAAACAUCAGAAACUCAAGCUCAAGUGCACUCGAUGAUGUCGAACCAGAAGCAAACAAUUACAUCUUCAAAAGAUUUAAUAAUGUCUGUCAUACUUCUAAA